AUGUGUGAACGUGACCACACAACUGGCUGUGUCAGGGCUCACAACCAUGACCACACAACUGGCAGUGUCAGGGCUGACAACCAUGACCACACAACUGGCAGUGUCAGGGCUGACAACCGUGACCACACAACUGGCAGUGUCAGGGCUGACAACCGUGACCACACAACUGGCAGUGUCAGGGCUGACAACCGUGACCACACAACUGGCAGUGUCAGGGCUGACAACCGUGACCACACAACUGGCAGUGUCAGGGCUCACAACCGUGACCACACAACUGGCAGUGUCAGGGCUCACAACCGUGACCACACAACUGGCAGUGUCAGGGCUCACAACCGUGACCACACAACUGGCAGUGUCAGGGCUCACAACCGUGACCACACAACUGGCAGUGUCAGGGCUCACAACCGUGACCACACAACUGGCAGUGUCAGAGCUCACAACCGUGACCACACAACUGGCAGUGUCAGGGCUCACAACCGUGACCACACAACUGGCAGUGUCAGGGCUCACAACCGUGACCACACAACUGGCAGUGUCAGGGCUCACAACCGUGACCACACAACUGGCAGUGUCAGGGCUCACAACCGUGACCACACAACUGGCAGUGUCAGGGCUCACAACCGUGACCACACAACUGGCAGUGUCAGGGCUCACAACCGUGACCACACAACUGGCAGUGUCAGGGCUCACAACCGUGACCACACAACUGGCAGUGUCAGGGCUCACAACCGUGACCACACAACUGGCAGUGUCAGGGCUCACAACCGUGACCACACAACUGGCAGUGUCAGGGCUCACAACCGUGACCACACAACUGGCAGUGUCAGGGCUCACAACCGUGACCACACAACUGGCAGUGUCAGGGCUCACAACCGUGACCACACAACUGGCAGUGUCAGGGCUCACAACCGUGACCACACAACUGGCAGUGUCAGGGCUCACAACCGUGACCACACAACUGGCAGUGUCAGGGCUCACAACCGUGACCACACAACUGGCAGUGUCAGGGCUCACAACCGUGACCACACAACUGGCAGUGUCAGGGCUCACAACCGUGACCACACAACUGGCAGUGUCAGGGCUCACAACCGUGACCACACAACUGGCAGUGUCAGGGCUCACAACCGUGACCACACAACUGGCAGUGUCAGGGCUCACAACCGUGACCACACAACUGGCAGUGUCAGGGCUCACAACCGUGACCACACAACUGGCAGUGUCAGGGCUCACAACCGUGACCACACAACUGGCAGUGUCAGGGCUCACAACCGUGACCACACAACUGGCAGUGUCAGGGCUCACAACCGUGACCACACAACUGGCAGUGUCAGGGCUCACAACCGUGACCACACAACUGGCAGUGUCAGGGCUCACAACCGUGACCACACAACUGGCAGUGUCAGGGCUCACAACCGUGACCACACAACUGGCAGUGUCAGGGCUCACAACCGUGACCACACAACUGGCAGUGUCAGGGCUCACAACCGUGACCACACAACUGGCAGUGUCAGGGCUCACAACCGUGACCACACAACUGGCAGUGUCAGGGCUCACAACCGUGACCACACAACUGGCAGUGUCAGGGCUCACAACCGUGACCACACAACUGGCAGUGUCAGGGCUCACAACCGUGACCACACAACUGGCAGUGUCAGGGCUCACAACCGUGACCACACAACUGGCAGUGUCAGGGCUCACAACCGUGACCACACAACUGGCAGUGUCAGGGCUCACAACCGUGACCACACAACUGGCAGUGUCAGGGCUCACAACCGUGACCACACAACUGGCAGUGUCAGGGCUCACAACCGUGACCACACAACUGGCAGUGUCAGGGCUCACAACCGUGACCACACAACUGGCAGUGUCAGGGCUCACAACCGUGACCACACAACUGGCAGUGUCAGGGCUCACAACCGUGACCACACAACUGGCAGUGUCAGGGCUCACAACCGUGACCACACAACUGGCAGUGUCAGGGCUCACAACCGUGACCACACAACUGGCAGUGUCAGGGCUCACAACCGUGACCACACAACUGGCAGUGUCAGGGCUCACAACCGUGACCACACAACUGGCAGUGUCAGGGCUCACAACCGUGACCACACAACUGGCAGUGUCAGGGCUCACAACCGUGACCACACAACUGGCAGUGUCAGGGCUCACAACCAUGACCACACAACUGGUAGUGUCAGGGCUCACAACCGUGACCACACAACUGGCAGUGUCAGGGCUCACAACCGUGACCACACAACUGGCAGUGUCAGGGCUCACAACCGUGACCACACAACUGGCAGUGUCAGGGCUCACAACCAUGGCCACACAACUGGCAGUGUCACGGCUCACAACCAUGGCCACACAACUGGCAGUGUCAGGGCUCACAACCGUGACCACACAACUGGCAGUGUCAGGGCUCACAACCAUGACCACACAACUGGCAGUGUCAGGGCUCACAACCGUGACCACACAACUGGCAGUGUCAGGGCUCACAACCAUGACCACACAACUGGCAGUGUCAGGGCUCACAACCAUGGCCACACAACUGGCAGUGUCAGGGCUCACAACCGUGACCACACAACUGGCAGUCAGGGCUCACAACCAUGGCCACACAACUGGCAGUGUCAGGGCUCACAACCGUGA